GAGUCUCCGUCUUUGGGGUUAAAGCCUGCGCCUCGCGGGCUCCAGGUUCCCACGCUCCGCUGUCGGGUUUUGGGGUCGCCCUGUAGGUUGAAACCCCGAACCUACUCAUUCCUCUCGCGGCGUGGCCCCUAGACGUUCCCAGUCCCGUAGCUCCGAGAGGGUCUGGAGGUCUGCGUCCAUGUCGGAUUAAAAUCGUUCUGAAGUGGGUACUGGUCCCUACUUUUUUGCCUUAGGCCUCACAUGACCUCGGGGAGGAUGCGAGGAAGAUGAAGAACUGUGAUGAUCCACUUCCUCUUGGUGAAUGACUGAUCUUACCUGAGAAAGAGACUCAGAGGAAGAGGAAAGAAAGAAGAGGAGGGAAUGGCUGUUUCUCAGGGACUGUUUACAUUCAAGGAUGUGGCCAUAGAAUUCUCUCAAGAGGAGUGGGAGUGCCUGGACCCUGCCCAGAGGGCCUUGUACAGGGACGUGAUGUUGGAGAACUAUAGGAACCUGCUCUCUCUGGAUGAGGAUAACAUCCCUCCAGAAAACGUUUUCUACCCUGCCCAGGAACUUAGAGAGACCUUAGUCUUCCUGAUUUCAUAUUCUUCUAAGAUUUACCUCUGAAAGUUGGUUUUGAAAUACACAUUCUGAAUGGGCAUGGUGGCUCACACCUAUAAUCCCAGCACUUUGGUAGGCCUAGGUGAGUGGUUCACCUGAGGUCGGGAGUUCAAGACCGGCCUGACCAACAUGGAGAAACCCCACCUCUACUAAAAAUACAAAAAUUAGCUGGGUAUGGUGGCGCAUGCCCGUAAUCCCAGCUACUCGGGAGGCUGAGGCAGGAGAAUCACUUGAACCCGAGAGGCAGAGGUUGUGGUGAGCCGAGAUUGUGCCAUUGCACUCCAGCCUGGGCAACAAGAGCGAAACUCUAUCUCAAAAAAAAAAGAAAAAAAGAGGCAGUGCAUCCUGGGUCAGCGUAGCUAUGGUGUCUCGUGUCCUUUCAGCCUAUGUCCGCUGCCUGCCCGUGGCCUUUGCGCUGCCCCGGGUCCGGAUGCAGACCGUGGCCCGGCCUCUUAGCACCGGUCUGUGCUCCGCGGGGACCCAGACAAGGCUCGGGCCUUUGCAGCCAGCCUUAAAGCUCGUGCAGGUUCCUGGUAGAGUUACACAGUUGUGCCGCCAGUAUAGCAACAUGCCCCCUUUGACAUUAGAGGGCAUCCGGGACCGUGUUCUUUAUGUAUUGAAACUCUAUGACAAGAUUGACCCAGAGAAGCUUUCAGUAGAUUCUCAUUUUAUGAAAGACCUGGGCUUAGAUAGUUUGGACCAAGUGGAGAUUAUCAUGGCCAUGGAAGACGAAUUUGGGUUUGAAAUUCCUGAUACAGAUGCUGAAAAGUUAAUGUGUCCACAAGAAAUUGUAGAUUACAUUGCAGAUAAGAAAGAUGUAUAUGAAUAAAGUAUCAGACCCUUUGGCUUUGGGGAGAGAGGACUCAGAUGAUAGUGGCGAAUGUCUGGCAGUGAGGACACAUUUUCGCAUCAUUGCUGACUCUGACAGAGUGAUUCUGAUGGACUUGUAUUUAAAUUGUGUAAGUGUUUUACUCUUUGAAAAUAAAUCUAUAAAACCAAAAAAAAAAA